AAAAAUUCUCAAAAACUUUGAUACCAUAUUACUACAAAAUCCAAUUUGAAACUGUAUUGUUCAAGUUUCUACAACAUAAAUAAGUGAAUAAAUGAGUAAAAUUUGUAUUGAUGACGUCAUUUAUUUAUUACUUAUUUGAGAUAUUCUUUUCCAUCUUUGACAUAUCGGAUAAUGUGCAGCGAGAAUGGUGUUUACUAUCGAGGCCACUAUGGACUUUGGUGAUUUUGUCCAAGUCCCUAAAAACAAUUUUGUCCUUGAUUUUAUCCGCAGAUCUCUGUAAAUAGGAGGUGUAUUGGUUUGCAGACUGCACUACUGCACCCAGUUUUUUCAGUUGAAAUGGUUGUGAUGGAUGAAAGCAAUAGGGAAUUAUUAAGCAGGCUGUUUCCUGGUAAAGAAAAAGAGCUGGAGAAUGAUGUGGAUGUCAACAACUACUUGGCUCAAAUUAGCACCUUUGGUGUGGAAAGACUGCGCACUGAGGGCUCCAGGAUCCAAGAGGAGACGGCUCACACCCUGCAGCAGACACAGGACCUGGCCUUCCAGAACUACAAGACGUUUGUGGAGACAGCAGAGUGCUCAUCAGCAGUCUUGGAGGAGUUCACCUCCGUGGAGGAGCGGCUGGACCACCUGCUGGCCGAACUGCCCGAGUUCGCGGCGCGCUGCGCAGAGUUCGGCCGGCGCGGCGGCGAGAUCCACGCGCGCCGCCGCCUCAACUCAGCCACGCUCACCAAGCACACGGAGCUGCUGGAGGUGCUCGAGCUGCCGCAGCUCAUGGACACAGCCGUGAGGAAUGGCUACUACGACCAGGCCAUGCAGCUGGUGACGCACGUCCGGGCGCUGGAGAAGAAACACGGACACAUCAAACUGGUGGAGAGUAUCGUGAAUGAUGUCCAGCUGGCCUACCGUCUGAUGCUGACCCAACUGGUGUCUCAGCUGCGUACCAACAUUCAGCUGCCGCAGUGCCUCAAGGUGAUCGGCCACCUGCGCCGUAUGGAAGUAUACACAGAGUUCGAGCUGAGGCUCAAAUUCCUUCAGGCCAGGAACGCCUGGCUGGAGGAGCAGCUGGCAAACAUCAGUCGCGAGGACCCUUACCACCACAUCUCGAAGACGAUCGAGGUGAGCCGGGUGGGUCUGUUCGACAUCGUCACCCAGUACAGGGCCGUAUUUAGCGACGAAAGCGCCCUGCUGCAGGCGGGCGCCGACGAGGCCGCGCCGGCCAUCUUCUACGAGUGGAUCAACCUCAAGGUGGGCCAGUUCCUGAGCACGCUGCGGCAGGACCUGGCGCGCGGUGUCGGCGGCCGGCUCGACUCGCUGCUCUCACAGACCAUGUACUUUGGUCUGAGUCUGGCGCGGAUCGGAGCCGACCUGCGGCCGCUGGCGGCGCCGCUCUUCAGCCGGGCGGCGCUGGCGCAGUUCGAGCGCGCCGUCACUGCCGCCACCACGCGCUUCCGCCAGUCGGUGGACGCGUUCACGUGUAUGCGCGCGCGCGUCUCGGCGCCGGCCUCCUCUGCGCCGGCACCGCCGGGGGACCAGGACAUUCUGCAGCCGCCGACGUCGCUGCUGGACUACCUGCCGCUGGCACACUACUGUAACGGCGUGCUGGCGGCCUUCAACGAGCUGCGCCUGUGCCCGGCGCUCGGCCUCGUGCACGACGUCAGCUUUCGGCUCAGCGACAGCCUGACGGCCGUGGUCGGACGCGUCGUCGAGCUCUACCACACGGACAGCCAGGGUCUGACGGAGGAGGAGCGCGUCAACUACAGCCGCUUCUGCCGGUGUCUGGCCCGCGAUCUGGUGCCCUACCUGAGCGGCUGCCUGGCGGCCGUGUUCCCCGUGCAGCAGCUGGCGCCGGCGCUCGGCCUCACUGUGGCAGUCGUCACCAAACGGGGUAUCGGCUCCCUGGACGUACCGGCCCUGGUCAGUCCGCUGCAGGAGUUUCUGCAGUCGCAGGAGCCGCCUCCCGCCGCGCCCCAGCUGCCAGUGGCAUCCUCCGCCCCGCCGGCAGAGUCGCCAGGUACGGCUGAGACUCAGUCUGACCCGGCCGGAGCUGCCGCCGAGCUGAGCAGCGCCGCGCCGGCCGCGGAGCAGUCGACCGGUCACAGCGCGGACCCGGACCGGUCGACCGGGCCGCCGGCACAGACAGCGGGGCCGGUCGGGUCUCACGGACCGCCGCUGCCGGAGACGGCGGCCGCAGCUGCUGGUGAGGCAGGAACGGCGGGCUCGUCAGCUGCUGGUGAGGCGGGAACGUCGGGCUCGGCAGCUGCUGGUGAUAUACCGACUGAAGGAGCUGGGGCUGCACCCUUAGCUGCUGGAGGGACGGCGGCCGACGGAGCUGGGCCGGCGACCACUGCUGAGACGCCGGCCGACCGGGACACCGCCGCGGAGACACAGGGAGCUCCCGGCGGCGGCGCGGCGGACCCCGCUCUGCUGCACCAGGCCCUGGAGGAAGAGGACGAGGGACUGGUGAUGACGGCCCCGCCGCGGGACCAGUAGCGACAGACUGCCGGCGCCGGUGUUUGACGCGCUCUGGAGCUCACCCUCGCCGGUGGCUGACGUACUCCAAAGGGAAAAAUACGGUGAUGGAAAUGUUAGAAUAUAAUUAUUAUAUUUAUGGCUGCAUGAUUUUAUGAAGAGUUCUGAUGCGUAAUGCGUCCGUAAUGUAUCCGCUUAUGAAUGACCCAUUCUAGAAAUGCAUCUGCGCGGAUAUAUUUGUGUGCCGUGAUAAUGUGGUGUGCAGGUUGUAGAUGUAUGCCUGAUUGUGAUUAUAUUUUGAAACAUUAA